AUGCAAGUACUGAACUUCAACAGCAACCACCCAAUCAGUCACAAACGCAGUUGUGCAAGGACGCUCUAUCGGCGUGUCGAAACGCACUGCAGUGAGCCGGAAGACAAGAUUGCUGAACUACAAUACCUCCGACGGGUAUUCAAAGCCAAUGGCUACCCGGGCAACUUUGUCAACCGGUGCAUACGCAAAAUGAACGAAAGGCCUAACCGCAGGGACACCAAAGUUUGGCGAGCGCUUCCAUAUGUCAAGAACGUUUCGGAAGCUGUUGGCCGCCUUCUCGUACCGCUGGGGGUUGGAGUUGCACACAGGCCAGAGGCAACCAUCAGGCGUCAAUUGAUGAAACCAAAAGACCCACUGCCACGGCAAGAAACGUCUGGAGUCGUUUAUCGGAUCUGGUGCAGUUGCGGACAAAGCAACUACGUCGGAGAAACCGGAAGACAGCUCCGAACGCGAAUGGCCGAACACGCUGCAGCAGUGCGAAGAAAUGACGCCGGUUCUCAAGUUGCGGCUCAUUCGACGGGUUCCGGCCACACAUUCAAAUUUGACGAGGCCGAAAUUCUCGCAAGAGGUGACAACCGCGUGAGCCGGGAGCUGCUUGAGUCAUGGUUCACUGGCCCUCAGUCUAUUAACAAGUGCAAUGAUCUUCCCAUUCAAUACAGCGUGCUGAGACUUCGUCUAGGCGGAGAAAUUGGCCACGCAGGGAGCGCCCUGAUGAACACUCCUCCCAACACCCGGGUCAGCGCGUCAGAUGGUCGAGCAAUCAUCACACCAACAUCCAACGCACGUGAUGAAAUUGCAGCAAUUAACGACGCGAAUAUCGACCAUCACGCCACGUGCAACGAUCCCUGA